GCGACGCCUUGGCGAUUCGUACAGCAUUGGCCCGUCAUCUCGUGCGUGCUCGGCAUUGCCACGUCAUUCGGCCACCAUGACGUGUCAAGCUGCCACAUGCAACGCUCAAGUCCUGGUGGUUUGACUGUGCCUCAACUGAAUAAGAUUCUCAUUUUCUGGU